UGCGCGCGCCCGAAAUUUUGUCCGGCUUCCAGAAUCUCUCCUCCGGUCACCAUACCAACUCCAACUUCACCACCAAAUUAAACAAGAGAACUCCUCUUGCCCUUAAACAUCCUGCCUUCGUGCUAAAAGAAGAUAUGGGGGGCAAGUCUGCUAACAAGGCCGGUUACUUCGACAAGCUGAAGGGCUUGUUGGAGGAUUACCGGUCCAUCUUCAUCGUCUCCGUCGACAAUGUCAGCUCUCAGCAGAUGCACGAGAUCAGACAGUCCCUCCGCGGUGAGGCUGUCGUCUUGAUGGGCAAGAACACCAUGGUUCGCCGUGCCCUCAAGACCUUCGUCGCCGACACCCCCGAGUACGAGCGUCUCCUCCCCUUCGUCAAGGGCAACGUUGGUUUCGUCUUCACCAACGGCGACCUCAAGGAGGUCCGUGACAAGAUCCUCGCCAACAAGGUCGCUGCCCCCGCUCGUGCCGGUGCCAUCGCCCCUGCCGAUGUCUGGAUCCCCGCUGGCAACACCGGUAUGGAACCCGGCAAGACCUCUUUCUUCCAGGCCCUCGGUGUCCCCACCAAGAUCGCCCGUGGUACCAUUGAAAUCACCACCGAUCUCAAGCUCGUUGAGGCUGGCGCCAAGGUCGGCCCCUCUGAGGCUACCCUGUUGAACAUGCUCAACAUCUCUCCCUUCACCUACGGUAUGGGCAUCGCUCAGGUCUACGACCAGGGCAACACCUUCCCCUCCGAUGUCCUUGACAUCUCUGAGGAGCAGCUCCUCAAGGCUUUCUCCACUGCCAUCACCACCAUUGCCAGCCUCUCGCUCGCUCUCAACUUCCCCACUCUUCCCUCCGUCAUCCACUCCGUCGUCAACGCCUACAAGAAGGUUCUUGCCGUCGCUAUCGAGACCGAGAUCAGCUGGCCCGAGAUCGAGGAGCUCAAGGAUCGCAUUGCCAACCCCGAGGCUUAUGCUUCCGCCGCUCCCGCCGCUUCCACCGAGGCUGCCCCUGCCGCUGGCAAGGCCGAGGAGAAGGAGGAGGAGAAGGAGGAGUCUGAUGAGGAUGAUGGCGGCUUCGGCGGUCUCUUCGACUAAAUGUCUCUCUGACUUCUUGAUUGAAGUGUUUGAGGCGUGGCAAAGUUGGUUUAGGUUGGGUAAAGAGACGAAUGAUCUUGGCCCUCAGCUACAUAGAUCACUUGCUGCUCAAUUAAGCACAUCAACUUGGUGGUCUCCUUUUGAUGAGUCUGUUUGCAAUCUUGAUGAAACUGUGCGGAUACAUGUGAAAAUGUCCUGCUUGUUUUCUCAAACCCAUCAGAUACAUCCAGAUUCUAUCAGAUACCCUCUCAAUAAAAUCCUUGAACUGCCAAACAGAUUCUCGUGCCACAAUUCCCAACAGUGACUUUGAAUGAACUCCUUUUUGUUUCACCGUAACUCCUAAGCUACCACUCCCUGAACCGCCAAUACUUGCUGAGCGAUCUUGAUGGCCGGCUCUGGCAGCCCAGCCAGGCGAGCCACUUUCAAGGCAUGGCUCUGCCUGUUCAUGCCUUUCCGCAACUUGUGCACAUAGACAAAUCCGCCGCUCUCGUCCUCUUCCACAUCCGUGCAAUACAUAGCCACACCCCAACUUGCACCCGCACUACUCGCACCAUCUUCAACCACCAACCCCUGCUCCUUUAGCAUAUCCCCAACCGCAUGGAAAUGCGUCGCAAAUAACCCCCUACACUUAUUCACCGUCAACAGAUGAUGCAAGCUCGCAAACGCGACAGCCGUGCCAUCCUCCGGUGUCGUCCCCCUGCCAAUCUCAUCCAUUAUCACAAAGCUCCUCGGCGUCGCCUGUCGCAAUAUCGCCGCCGUCUCCAUCAUCUCCACCAUGAAAGUGCUCUGGUCCGCAUACAAGUUAUCCGCCGACCCGACCCUGCUGAAGAUGGCAUCAACAAUACCCAGCUCCGCGUAAUCGGCAGGGACAUAACACCCCAUCUGCGCCAGGAUGGUAAUCAGCGCGUUCUGUCGCAGAAACGUGCUCUUACCAGCCAUGUUCGGUCCUGUAAUCAGCCAGAUCGCACCUUGUCC